AUAUCAUUGAAAAGCGCGGGAAUUGUUAUAUUGGUGUUUCGUUGAAGACGGGAAUAGCGCAAACGAGAGCAAGGUUUCGGAAAAGAGAAAAAUGUCGCAAACACAUAUUACAAGCUAUUUUAAUAAACGUAAAAGAGCUGGUGACGAGGUAAAGGAUCGAAAAAAAGUAGUAGUGGUUGAUCGUCAUGAUCCUGAAGCAGGCGUCUCCGUAGGUAAAGAAGUUCAUGUUAUUCAUAAAGCGUUGGUAUUAGAUACGCCCGAAUCUUUACACUCUGUUUAUAAAAACAAGAGUUUAGUUGAGCAUGUCCCGAUAGAUUGUGCGAAUAAGUUGACACGUGAAAAUGACAAACCAGUUUCAUAUGAAAGCCAAGGUAAAGCAUCAGAAAAACCUACUAACCAGGAGAGAUCCCAAGGGAGGAAAGCUACUCAAGUUUCCAAAAGUUCAACUCAACCAACAAUUCAUCACAUACUUUUGAAAAUUAAUGGAGCCGAAGCGUAUGAUAAGGAACAUCCUAGGAAUGGCACAACGCUGCAUACAUAUGCAGAAGAUGGAUCGUUUUUGGGACCAGAUUGUUCAGGUCCAAAGGAAAUGAACCUUCCAUCCAUGCAGGGUCCUGUGGUAUUUGAACUGAAAGGUUUACUUUCUCCAAAAAAGAGGAUGAGGACAGGUUUUAUUGACAAUGAUAAAGCUAUUUGCAGUGAAAUUUCUGAUAUACAAGACAGUUCUGUUGAUGACAAUUCUGAUGGGAAACUUAAGGAAAACAGAAAAGAUACACAAGAAUGUUCUGUUGAAAAUGAUUCUGAUGGCAAAAUUAAGGAAAGCAGGAAAGAACUUGGUUUGAUGACACCACAUAGAAUGCCCAUCAGUCAACAAAAGGAUUUGUCUUUUGAAGAAAUAAAACGGAAGUUGAAUAGAAGUGAAAAGUUGGCCGAAUUGCGAACGUCAUUGACAAGGUUUGACAAAAGUGCAAAAAAACUGAAAGCACUUGAGGAGAAGAGAAAGGAGGCUGAGAAGCUGCAGCUGAAGAAGUUCCAAGCUAUAGAAAUUGAAGUUCCAGCCAGUCCUCAGAAGAAUGUCUUCAGCAGUCCAAAGAAAGUGGGCACAAGCCCACAGUCCACACCUUCCAAGUCACCUGCAUAUCAGCGCUUCACAUCACUUGUGCUUCCGGCUUCUGCUGCCCUGCCGCUUCCCUUCAGCUACCGCUGCUUAGCUGAGAUCUUCCGAUGUGUUGAUGCUGUGGGGUGUAUGCUGUAUAAACGCAGGGAAAUGAUUACAUUCAGGAAGCUGAAACCCGCUGUUCAGGAGAUGCUCAGGAGAAAUUUCACAGAACAUCACUUGGCUCAGAUCAAAAGAGUUUAUCCAGCUGCAUAUGUCUUUCAUCAGGAGAAAUGUAGGAAUUUCGGAUCCACCUCUAAAGUGGAUCAGUAUGAUCUCACUUUAACACCUGUGCUCUGUUCCAGUGUUGAAAGUUGUGAGAACUCAACAGAGCUUUUCAAGUUUACGUCAGAUUUGUUGCUUCAGCGAAGACAGACUUUCCAUAAAAUCCUAUUAGAGAAAGUGAAGGAUUACCAUGAGGAUUUCUUACAAAGCCUCAACCCACCAUUGACAAUUCCUCGUGAUCAGCUGACUCGAUGGCAUCCAGAAUUUGGCGUUGACCAAGUCCCAGACAUUGAACCUGAUACACUUCCUGAAGCUCCAAAUGUAGACAAAUAUUGUUCAGCCAAAGACGUACUUGAGAAAGCCAGGAAUCUCUUCAGCUGUAAUCUGCGAAUGGAGAAGGCGCUGCAGACAGUGUGUGAGAAAUCCAGUCAGUCAGAGAUACCAGCCACUCCAACAAAAUCACUUCCUUUAAUUUCUGGCUCUGCAACAUCGCCUGUUUCAACAAUCCUCAAAGGCAUUCCUAAGGCCCUUUUAGAAAAGAUACGAGCAAGACAGGCAGCUAAGGCUCUACAGGCCAUGACACGCUCACCAGCACAGGACCAUAUGGCAAUUCAGCACUUACGCCUCCCAGAGCUGGCCCGUAUCUUGAGGAAUCUCUAUGUCACUGAAAAGAAAAGUAUUUUGACCCUUGACUUCGUGCUUGAAAAACUAGGGAACAGCUACAGGGAGAAACUUCCAAGAGCGGAACUGGAAGAGCAUAUACACCUUCUCAGAAAGACUGCCCCAGGUUGGCUGGAAAUUCAUUACAUAAGGAAGACAAAUUACCUGAAAUUGUCUAAAAAUGCCGACAUGGGACCACUGAUCAGGAAAUUGGAAGCUCUAGCAGCAGAGAAGAGUGGAAGGUGAAGUUUGAUGUCGAGUUCCACAAUGCCAAAUGUGUUAAGACAAAUAUUUAAUGUGCAUAUGGAAUAAAACUGCAAAGCAUGCCUUCAUGUAGUCAGAGAACCCGUGAAGAGUUCUAUCUUUUGGGAUAUGACAAUGUGUAGUCCUUUGAAAGGCAGCCAACACUGCGGACUUUCACUGGACUAUAUGGAGCUAUAUCCCAGAAGACUGAACUUCUUAUAACCAUUACUGCUGAGGACCCCCAUAUCCUACAUUGAAAAAUCAUUUUCGUAAAAGUGAAAUUAUCAGGAAAACAGUAUUGCCAGUAAAAUUUACAAAUAUGCCGAUGCAUUUUACAAAAGGAAUGCAUUUGUUGAAAGUUCAUGUUUGUAGUCUCCUUGGAUAUAAUGCUUUGUAAGGUGGUUACAAACAUUUCCAAAGAACAUACUGCUUCAAUUUUUAUAGUAGCCUCUUUACCCUCGAAAUGAAGGCAAUUUCUUCAUCCAAAAUAUUGAUAACCACCUACCAGAGUAUACAGUGUCAUAACCCAGAUCACAAAAUGGAUCUCCACAGCUGUGAAAAUCUCAAAUCUUGUGUCCCUGAAAGAGGUUCUCUGAGCAGAAAUUUAUUAAACAAAAAUUAAAUUUUCAUUUAAAGGCAGUUAUUAGGUUUACAGCGACAUAAGAUAAUAAAAAAUUGCAGAAGGAAUGAAGUGUGUGGUGUCUUUGUGUAGUAACCCUUAUGUAUUGCUUUGAAGUCAGAAUAUACUCUCUCAGUUGAAGAUAGUGCUUUGUUCUUGGGUCAGCACAUCAGUAUUUUUAUAAUAUAUGUGUACUUAGGUUUUAUUAUUAAUCCUUUCACUGUUAGUAAAGGAACUUCAUGUUAGCCAUGGACAUUAGUGCAGUACUUCAUGUCUGCACAUGUACGGUAUUUCGUUGUGUAUUUUGUGCACUUUUUUUGGCUUGUUUGCAGUGAAGAGGUUUUCGUAAAAUUUGAUAUUGUAGAGUUGUCCUAAGUUUUUCGAUAUAUUCCGGUUUUAGUUGAAACUGGACAGUAUGUGUGAAGACUUUGUAUGCAUCUUGAGGGUAACUUUCUGAAUAUUUACUGGGGGAAAAUAUGUUUUGAACAAGUAUUUUAGGUAAUUAUGCAAAAGGGAAAAACCAAAAUAUUUAAGCUAUGCCUACUUUUUGUAACGUGUUAAAAUAAAUUUUUGUGAUUAAAAUUUGUGUGCAUGAUUUUUAUGAAAACAUUACAUCCUGAAAAAUAUUGUAUCUACUCUGCUUGUAUGCGGUUAAUUGAUAAUAAAAUAUAAAUUGUUCUUGUA